AUGUCUUCCUCAGACGCCCCUGCAGAAGCACCUUUCCCUCUCGAGGAAACCGGCGCCUGGGGCCACUAUGACCUCCACUGCCACUGCGGCGCCGUCCGCUACACCAUGAAGAUGUCCCCACCGCUUUUCGAGGAAGAAUCGCAAGGGAAGGGGGUCUGGAAAGUCAACGAGUGCGACUGCUCCUGGUGCGAGAGGAAUGGGAGUUUGGCGGUUCAUCCUUUGGAGGAGAAUGUCACUUGGACGAGAGGCGUGGAGCAUCUUUCCAAGUACUCGUUUGGGAAUAAGAAUGUCGAGCAUUUGUUUUGUAGCAAGUGUGGGAGUUUUGUGGGAUCGGAUUCUGGGGCGAUGUUCAAGAAGAUGGGAAGUGCGCCGAGGACGGUUGUUAAUGUGCGAAUGCUGAAGGACUUUGACCGGAAGAAGUUGACGAUCAAGAGGGUCGAGUUCAUGAAGCAAAUGCCGCCCAAAUACUCGAUCGAUGAUUAA